AUGGGAAAAAUGGUUGUAUUGAAAAGUUGUCCUAGUGGACGCAAACUAAAAAUUACAAAAAAUGAUCCGUCUCAGCAUCUGUCUUUUUUCCAACCUUCUACACCGGCAAGAUUAGACAAGUGGCAAAAGUGUUUGGGUAUUAAAUUAAAAGCCACUAAUAAUAUUUGCCAUCUUCAUUUUAAAGAAGAACAUAUAAAAUUGUACGACAAUCAACAAAUAGAACAGGACUUGGAAAAGUCUCUGUUGAGUCAGCAGUCAUACGACAGUUUAAAUAGUCACGUAGAAAACGAAACAACUGUAAAACCAAUAGAGAGUAUAGGAGAUAUCCAGAAAUGUCCAAUGUUACCGCAGUUUUGGAUGCGU